AUGACGACGGCGCUUAAGAUUCGUCUCUCCCCGGAGACGGAUACGGGUAUCUUUAGUUCGGGGGUGAGAGAGGACACCGCGUGGGCGGCGAGUGAGGCUUUGCAGAUGGAUAUGGAGAGUCAUCAUGUUUUCUUCAAUGAUGAAGGGUUCCACAAUCAUAUUACGCACUCCCUUCUCAGCAUAUACGCCCUCGGCGGAUCACCCGAGGAUAUCCGCGCUGCUUACGAGAGAAAUCAAUCCUACCAGCGCACGGUUGUCCCCGCCGUUGUCGAGGUGAUUGAGAAAAUGAACGCGACGGGGGUUUUCACGGAGUAUCUUGGGGAGGAGAAGCAUUAUCCGAAUUUCUUGUCGUUCUUCCAGCGCCAAAUUGAUGAGAAGGGUGUCGGUGCCGUACUUAAUGAGUAUGUUUUUGCUGAGAGUGAGCAGGCGGAGAAUAUGCUGUGCCGACUGUGGGGAGGUUUGCUCCAUCCACUCAUUCAUCUCGGCUUCGGGCUUGAGUUUAAUCAACCUGCCAUCGUGGCACAGGCCCUCGCACAGGCUGCAGUUCAUGAUAACAGUCUUGGUCGUGAUUUCUUCCUACCUGCUGAGAAGUUGGCUGGUGGGAAUGGAAAGCCAGGAAAUAAGUCGCUUGGACAGCUCUUGGAAGAGAUUCGCAACGACGAGACUUUAUCUCGCUCAGCUAGGAACACUGACGUGAACAAGAUUCGAGAUGGAGUGUUCCAUCGCGCCCCACAGGAAAUGCGAAAGUAUGCUGCACAGUACACGGUUUCUGAAGACCAGGUGGAGGAGAGACUGGCAGAGAUGAUCAAUAACGUUGGUGAGUUUGAAUUUGAUCUGGUCUCCGUAGGUGCUGUCUCUGAAAGUUUUGCUGAUGUGCUUUUUGUAGUAUACUACACCAGCGCUGCUCAGCGACCUAACAAGGCAGUCAAAAUGGACUUUUUCUUCAUCCACUGCGUCAAUUCGUCCAUUUUCUUCUCGAAGCUCGCAUACCUCCCAUACCUGAAUCAGCGGACCCGACUGCGUCUUCUGGAAUGGAAAGGUCGCAUGGACCUACUGAUGUACGUGUCGCGCGGUUGUCCCAGGCUUCUACGAGACGAAAUCACCAACUACCCCGUGAAAAAUGACUGGUCGACUCUCUUUGCCCGCGCCGCAUCCCAUCCUGCAGAUGAUGGGCAUUUGGCCAAGUUUGUACGCGCGGCUGCACACGGGGAGAAGGUGUGUAAACCAUUCGAGAGCCAGGGACCACAGGCUAUGUCCGUAUCUAGCAACAUGUGGUUGCAAAUUGGGAAUAUGGCCAUCGACUCCACUGUUGGGGAUGAAGAUGGCGCGAUGUGGAUCCGCUCCACUGGUUUCGAUGAGGCAUGGGUUCAUGUCCCCGGACGCGCCCGGCUUUGA